AUGGCUGAGCACGAUAAGAACUCCCCCGACUCCUCUCCUCCUCACUCGCCGUCCCUCGACAAGUCCCUUACGGCCUCUCGCAAAGUCUCCCCGACCGGAGCUCCCCUCCCGUCCCCUCCCGAUUCUGCGGAGCGCGCGCGUGCUGGCCCUAGUGGUCUCCCGCAGGUCCUGGUCGAUGUUUUGCGUGAACUCAAAUCUGCACCUCGCGACGUGGAUUUCUACAAGACCCUCCCCCUAAGCUGGGAAGCGUUCAAGAGCGCCCGUGAGAAGAUCGAAGCGACGUUCCGUCGCUUUGACUACAAUCCGGCCAAGGGUGAGGCGACAAUCCGAAUGAACUCCCCGACACACGAUAGCUUCGCCUUGUCGGUCCACACGGCUGUCAUGGAUAAGCUCGGCCUUCUAAAGAAUGACGACAAUGCCACUGCAAAGUUUGUCAAAGACAUCCGACCCAUGGGGUCUUCGUGGGUUCUUCUGGAUGACCGAAGUCAGCCCGCCGCUCUGGGAGAUGAUGAAGACAAGCGAGGCAAGAAGGGACCAGACCUUCAAUAUACUCAUGUCAAGUCGCAGCACCCUGGCGUCGCCGUCGAAGUCGCCUAUACGCAACAAGGCAAGAAGCUCAAGAAGCUUGCCUUUGACUACAUCCGCGGGUCUGGAGGCGAGAUCCGAAACGUUAAAGCCAAGUUAACUCUUGAGGAGGAUGGAAGCGCCUACAUGCUGGACGUCCACCAGGAUCUCAAAGAAGUUCCCUUCCGCUCGGCCAACCGUGAGCCGUUGAACCAAGGUCUCGAACUUGAUGUCUUUUGUCUACACGACAUGACCGCCGACAAGAGCCUGCUCAAGGGCGUGGAAAACAAGUCGAUUUCGAUCCCCUUCAAGGCUCUGUAUGCCUUCUUGGAUAAGGCUGAGAACAUACAGCGUCUUCGCAGCGUCAAACAGAAACCUCGACUCAAUGGCAUCCCGGUCAAGCUCGCAGAACCACCUUCCAGCUCCCCGGAAGAAGAACUUGCAUCCGCAGACGAGAAAAUCUUCGCUGAGCAGGAGAAAACCCAGAUGAACAAGGCUAAGAAGGGUGACGGCGGUGUCUCCCACCCUGUCGAAGACGACUCCAAGGGCCACCCCAAUGUCUUGACACGCUCAGCGUUGAAGAAGCGAGCUGCGCCCCCCGACACUGGCACCGACCUCCAUGUCACAAAGCGCCGCCCCGGCUCGGAGCGACGCAGAGGUUGA